AUGGCACCCCCACCCAAGAAGGCUGAGGCUGCAGUGCGCCUAUCGAUGCUCAGCGCUAGCUCUCAACCAAAAGACCUCGAGGAAGGGGACUGCAUCGGCGCAAAGACCCCGGAGCAGAGUGGGUACUCAGACCAAGGCGCACUCCGACCUGGAGGCGAACCAGUGAUGACCAGCAGAGCCAACAUCGGGCUGCUGUACCAGUACGCGGUCGUCGGCUUCUUCGCUGGGGUGCGGCCUUCCACAAUCUACCCGUUCCUUCAGAUGUACCUCAGCUGCAGCGGUGCUCAAGUGGCUACUGCGACGACCCUGGUGUCGCUCCCAUCGAGUUUCAAGGUAUUCUUCGGGAUCAUCUCCGACUGCUUCCCCAUAUUCGGCUACCGUCGUCGCCCGUACAUGGUUAUCGGCUGGACCAUCUCGGUGGCCAUGCUUUUGGUGAUGGCUUGCCUGCCGAAUGGAGACCCAUACUACACCGACGCCUCCGAUCGAGACGUUGAUGUAUCGGAGUACACGCCCGAAAUCGAGGCUCGAAUCAACUACGACGCUCCGUCGGAGGGUGGGAAAUACGUCAUGCUCAUGUUCUUCACGGCCGUGGGCUACGUGCUGUCAGAUGCCUGUGCAGAUGCCAUCAUGCCGGGGCUGGCCCAGCAGGAGUCUUACGCGAGGCGAGGCAAGCUUCAAACGAUGACGUACACGGUGCAGACGUUCGUGACAGUGAUCAGCUACCUACUCGUUGGUUUCUGCUUCAACGGAGAGGAAUACGGCGGCAACUUCGAUUUCUCCUUGAGUUUUCCCGAGUUGAUGGCGAUUCUCGAGGGGAUCAUCCUGAUCGUGAUCGACGGCGCCUGCAACCUCAUCAUCGUCUGGAACGUCUACCGCAGUCAGUGGUUUUGGCUCGGGCCACCCAUUGUCGCUCAACUCCCCAAUGGUAUCAGCUUCAUGAUCAGCACUCUCGUCAUUGUGGAGCUCGUCGGUGAAGGCAACGAAGGGGCCAUAGUGCAAGCGGAUGACUACUCGAUCCACAUGGACAUCACCUACACGAUGAUCAUCGCGUACGGCGCAAUGGUAGUGUCCUGGGUCUUCCUGCUACUGCUACCCAAGCAAAAGAGAGAGACUCAAGAGCUUCUGCGCACCGGUGGGUCGAACAAGCUGCUGGGUGGAGUCACGAUCUUCUACUUGUCCUUCUCGCUUGUUUGGUCGGUGAUGGUCAACAUCAUGGCCAUCUUCGAUAGCACGUCGUGUCUCGUCAUAGCUGGUGGAGACGGAUGUUAG